AUGCACUUUCGUGUACUAGCUAAAGCAUUACGUUUGUUUGGUGGAGAUCAUGUUCACUCCGAUACCGUAGUAGGUGUUCUGCCUGUUGUUUCGGGAGGACACCAUUGGGGAAAUGCACCUGUAGCUAAUCGAGUAGCUCUUAAAGCAUGUGUGCAUCCUCGAAAUGAAGAACGUGAUCUUGCUCGUGAAGGUAAUGAAAUUAUCCGUGAGUCUAGUAAAUGGAGUGCUGAAUUAGCUGCUACUUGCCAAGGCACAAAGUUGGGUUUGUAUUUGGAAGCUUACGUUCAAGGUGGUUUCUUCAUUUUGGGCCGAAAACUCCAAGCCACAUAUUUUUUGUGGGCCACAGGGAGAGGGGUAAAGAAUUCAUCAUGCACGUGUCAAAAGCUUGAUGGGGUUGGCGUCGUAGCAACUUGGCUCUGUCAAAGCUUUGUAUCUGCCUUUUUCGCUUCCUUAGAAUGCUGCUCUUGUUUCCAACUUCACACAACAGAUGGUCCCGAUGGCGGUUCCACUUCUGCAACAUCUCUCAUUCUCAACGCCGAAAAGGAUGACUCUGCUACUUCACAUCUCUUGAACCAUACUUGA